AUGGACGGGCAGGGUUCUAAAAGGCCACACAGCCGCACCCUAGCGGGUAGGACGUCGUCAGCCGUUUCCCCAAACCCCAGAAUCUCCCCUGCUGUCUCCACAUCCCCAAAGGACUCGUCUUGCAUGGAGGUACCCCAGGACUCUGCCCGCAGGGACAGACGGCCACACCCCACCAUCAUCCUGCUCCACGAGUUGCAAAGCAGCCAGGCCGCACUCCUGCCACAGGAGCACGGGGUAUUCAUGGAGGAGGCCUGCAGUGCAGCCAUCUGCUUCAAGAUGCUGCGGGACAUGAGCAGUGCAGAUCCCUUCCGCCCGAACAUCAUCAAGCAGGUCAAGAACAUGGCUCAUGGCUCCCCCAGGCUGGUGAUGGAAACCAUCCACCACUGCUUCAUAGACAACCCGGAGACCUCCAGCAGGCACAAGUUCCGGCUGUUCCAGACCCUGGAGAUGAUCAUCAGGGCCAGUGAUGUCCUGGAGGAGACCUGGGAGAAAACCUUCAUGCAGCUGGCCCUGGAGAACACAACCAAAACCACGGAGCUGGAUGACAUAUACCAGGACGUGGCCAGCAACGUGCUGGUGGCCAUCUGCAGGCACUCUUGGCGGGUGGCGGUGCAGCAUCUGGAGACGGAGCUCCUGACGGGCAUCUUCCCGCACCGCAGCCUCCUCUAUGUGAUGGGCGUCCUGUCCUCCCGUGAGGAGCUCCUCAGCUGGGAAGACAAGGCCUGCUGGCAAGAGCAACUGAGCCAGAUAGCCAUCAAGUCAGUCCCGUUCCUGAACAUGGAUGUGUGGUCCAAAGAGCUGCUGUGGGCACCCACCAUGCCCAGCCAUACCCAACAGGAGUAGUCCCCUGAGAAGGUCUUCCUGUUCACCUACUACGGGCUGAUCCUUCAAGCCAAAAAAAACGGUGCCACGGUCAAGAGACACCUGCAAGUGCUCCUGGAAACGCCCCACCAGUGGCCCAAGCAGAGAGAGGGCAUGGCUCUGACCGUGGGGCUGGCGGCUGCCCCCCACCUGCAUGACGUCUGGGCCGUCCUGGACCAUGGCCGAAGCAGACCCAUCAGCUGGAGCCUGCACAGCUUCUCCUCAAAGGACUCGAAGGACCUGCACUGGGAAUGGGCCAGCAGCACCAUCCUCCCGGCACACGGCCAGGUGGUGGCCAAGGCCCGCGCCCACGUCCUCCCAUGGGUGGACAACAUCGUGUCCAGGAUUAUCUUCUACUUCCACCACGGCUCCUGGGACGAGACCCUGAAGCAGAGCUUCCUCACGGCCUCCCUGAUGCUGACAGGUGCAGUGAGCCGGAGUGAGGGGGCUCACAGCUACAAGUUCUCCCAGAGCUCUGAGCUCCUCCAGUGUCUGAUGGUUUUGAUGCAGAAGGAGCCCCAGGACACUCUGUGCACACAAAGUCUCCAGCAGGCCCUGCACGUCGCAUCCAGCCUCUGCAAGCUGAGGCCUCCCAUAGCCUUGGAAAGGAAGUCCCAGCUCCUGUCCACAUGCUUCCACAGCAUACUUGGCCUGCCGCCGCUGGACGCCCUGGAGAAGCACACCUGCCUCUUUCUGGAGCCACCCAAUAUCCAGGCGCGGCCCACGGCUCAAGAGCGGGCAGGCUGGACACACCGGGGCUGGGGACCGGGGCAGCUGCCUCACUGCCCUGAGCACCUGCAGUGCCUGUACAACAGGACCAUGGAGGCGCUGGACCUCAUGCUGCAAAGCCUCAUCAUGGAGAACCCCACCACCGACAAGCUGCAUUUCCUGCUGUCACACCUGUAAGUCUGGCUGGCGUCGGAGAAGGCGCAGGAGCGGCAGCGGGCUGUGCACAGCUGCUUGAUCCUCCUCAAAUUCCUGAACCACGGUGGCUACUUGGACCCAAAGGAGAACUUCAAAUGGAUUGGGCAACUGGUGGGCAUACUGGGGAUGCUGUGCCAGGACCCAGACAGGGUCACCCAGCACUACAGCCUGGAAGGGGUGAGCCAUCUCUGCCAGCUCUUGAUGCGCCACAAAGCAGGAGAAGGCUUGCAGGCAGAAUUGCAGGCCCCCAAGAAGCUCUCCCAGGCCCAUUCAGACAAAGCCCCACUCUGGAGCAGUGGAGACCAGAAGACCACUACCCUGGGCCCCCAGGAGAUGGCGAAGAACCACUUCUUCCAGCUUGGCAGCUCCCAAGUCAUCAAGAUCAAAGAGAUCACGCAGCAGCUCACGCCAGAGGAGCUGAAUGACCUCGUCUGGACAGCCAUGGACGGCCUGGGCUCCACCAGCCCCUUCCGCGUGCAGGCGGCCUCCGAGAUGCUGCUUGCAGUCAUCCAGCAGCACAGGGCCAAGCUGAAGACUGUUGCCAGCGUGGGCCAGGCCAUCCGCCUCCUCCUGUGCUCCCUCCGCAUUCCCCAAGCCAAGGAAAAUGCCCUGCACGCCAUCACCCUGCUGGCCCGGAGCCACACCCUCGAGCUGGUCGCCACCUUCCUGGACAUCUCCAUCCCGCUGGACAGCCACAACUUCCUGCUAUGGAGGGCCCUGGGAGCCAAGCUGCCCAUGAGCCACCUGGUGCUGGCCACACUGCUGGGCUGGCUGCAGGAGCAACCCCUGCCCACUGGUGCCAGCAACAGCAGCCCCCACCCCAAGGAGAGAACCUCCCUGAGUUCGCUGGCCGUGAGCAUGAACACGCUGCAUGAGCCGCAAUCCGCCCGGGAGUUCAACCAGGCCAUGCAGAAGGCCUAACCCGAGAGCCUCCUGGCCCUCCUCACCCAGACGCACUACGUCUGGGAGCUGAACCUGCCCGGGGAGCCUCAGCCCACGUAGCAGGCCCAAGAGGCGGAUGUGCCCAGCCCCCAAAGCUGCAGCACACCCCUGAAGGCACUGAAGAGCCUACUGUCCACCAUGGGGCACUGGCAUGUCUUUGCCCACCUGGAGCUGCAGGGUUCCUGGAAGCUCUACACCACCAUCCACGCCUACCCAAAGGGCGUGGGCCUCCUCGCCAGGUCCAUGGUGCAGAACCACUGCAGGCAGCUCAAGGCGGUGCUGUGCCAGCUGCUGCCCAGGCUGCAGAGCCCAGAGGAGCAGAAGAGGAAGGUGGCCAUCCUCAUCCUCACCGAGUUCCUCUACAGCUGGGGUGUUCCUCGCCCUGCCCUGCUGGAGGUGCUUCCCAAACAGGCUGCCUUGACCGUGCUGGCACACGGCCUCCAGGACCCCAGCCCCGAGGUCUGCAUGUCGAGUCUGCAGGGCCUGGGGAACAUCCUCUUCCACCCGGAUAAGGGAAGCCUGCUGCAGGGGCAGCUGCGGCCCUUCCUCAACAGCUCCUUCCAGAGCAGUGAGCAGGUGGUCAUGUGUAUCAUGGACACCGUGUCAGACACGCUGCACCGCCUGGGCGCGCAGGGCGUGGGGUUCCAGAGCCUCAGUGUCGCCAUCAACACACACUCCUUCUUUGACGACGAGCAGGAUGGGAUUCGGGCGGCAGCCAUGGCACUGUUCAGGGACCUGGUGGUGGUGACAGCAGGCAGGGAUCUGAAUGGUCUGCGGACCCAGGUGCACCAGAGCAUGGUACCCAUGCUCCUGCACCUGAAGGAUCGAUGCCCAGCUGUCGCCACGCAAGCCAAGUUCACCCUCUACCGCUGCGCUGUACUGCUCCUCUGGCGGCUAUGGCACACCCUCUUCUGCACGCUGGCCUGGGAGAGGGGCCUCAGCGCCUGCCACUUCCUCUGGACCUGCCUGAUGACGCGAAGCCAGGAGGAAUUCCGCAUCCACCUGUCACAGGGCCUCCGCCACCUGCGCAGCCACCUGCACGGCCACUCCUGCUACAUCAAGACCUGGGCGGCGCUCUUCAUAGCUUUUGAAGAUCUCUAAAGUGACCCAGAGCCGAGCGUCCGGGAAUUCGCCACCAGGCAGCUCUCCUUCCCCCAGGAGGUGUCGGCCAGACUCAAGCAGUGA